AUCAGGGAACACGAGCCGCUCCGUCGCUUCGCGUUACGUAGCGUACGUAGCAGGUCGCGUAGGACGCACGUACGGUGUUGCCUGUGCCGCUGUAGUCGCGGGUUUAGCUCGCGUACCGAGCGGUUCUGACCCGAGCCGCGUGGCCCAGCUCCGGGUGGCGGGAAGAGUUAACCCAGCGGACCGUGGAGAAGAACCGCCGCGAGCUCCACGGCGCGCGCUGACCCGGUUGGUAUGCUCAGCCGGUAGCGUAGCGCUCCUCAUACGGAGGCAGCCUGCGCGAGGCAGCCUGCGCGAGCCACCGAGCUGCUGCUCCGCGCCCGAAGAACCCUCAAGUCGGAGGGUCGUCUACGUUACGAAGCGGGCCCGAGCCGCCCGGGACACCCGGUGACCUACUUCUGUGGACAACAGGAGGAGUGACGUCACGCUCGUUCAGCACGUGCGCCCGGACAUGCGCGUGAGUCGAUGGUCCUGUGUGCGGUCACAACAAUGAGUCGUCGCUCCGCGGUCAGCCUGCUGCGCCUCGGGACUCGAGCCGUCGGCCUGCGGUCCGGAACCCCCCCUCGGCCGGUCCACCUUCCAGCCCGCUGCGCCUCGUCGGAACCGGAAGCGGCUUUCAAACCGGAGCGCGUGGCCGUCGUGACGAAGACGACCCGGUACGAGUUCGAGCAGCAGCGGUACCUGUACGCGGGGCUGUCCGAGGAGGACUUCAAGCAGCUGCUAGCUAUGAAGGGCUCGAGCUACAGCGGCCUGCUGGAGAGACACAGCAUCCACACCAGCAACGUGGAGCACAUCGUGAGCAGCCUGCGGAGAGAAGGCAUCCAGGUGCGAGUGGUGAAGAGAGGAGAGUAUGAUGAAGAAGUAGUGCGGUGGGCCGACACCAUCAUCUCUGCUGGAGGUGACGGGACGAUGCUGCUGGUGGCCAGUAAGGUGUUGAACCAGGACAAACCGGUGGUGGGCGUGAACACCGACCCUGAGAGGUCAGAAGGUCAUCUGUGCCUGCCUGUGCACUACACUCAUGCCUUCCCAGAGGCGCUGCAGAAGCUCUGUCGUGGUGAGUUCAGGUGGCUGUGGCGCCAGAGGAUCCGUGUGCACUUUGAGGGCACCGGGAUCAAGCCCACCUCCGUGGACCUGCACGAGCAACAGCUGAGCCUGGAGCAGCACAGCCAGGCCCACCGCACCACGGACAGCCGGCGCGGGACAGGAACCCUCCAUGACGGCUUCUCCAAGACCAGUCUGCUACCUGUCAGGAGCCUGAAUGAAAUCUUCAUCGGAGAGUCUCUGUCCUCCAGGGCCUCCUACUAUGAGAUCUCUGUGGAUGACGGCCCGUGGGAGAAGCAGAAGAGUUCAGGAAUCAGCAUCUGUACAGGAACCGGGUCCAAAGCCUGGUCGUACAACAUCAACAAACUGGCUGAGCAGGCGGUGGAGGAGGUUCUCCUGAUCGGGAAGUCUCAAACGGGUCUGGAGAUCCCGAUUAACCGUGACCUCAUCGAGAAGGUCACUGAUGAGUACAACGAGUCUCUGGAGUUCCGGCCCGAUGACCGCCGGUUGUUCUACAGCGUCAGAGAACCCAUCGUGAACCGCGUGUUCUCCAGCAGUCGCCAGCGAGGCUUCGCCAGCAGGGUGUCGGUCCGCUCGCGCUGCUGGGACGCCUGCAUGGUGGUGGACGGAGGGACGUCCUUCGAGUUCAACGACGGCGCCAUCGCGACCAUCAGCAUGAGCAAGGAGGACCAGCUCCGGACCGUGGUUCUCCAGCCCUGAAGGAGUCCUUGAGCGGUGGUGGUUCUGCCUUAAAGAACGGACCGUGGUUCUCCAGCCCCGAGGGAGUCCUUGAGCCGUGGUGGUUCUGCCUUAACGAGAGGGGUCGUUGUUACCAGGGUUUUAAUAAAUGUGUGCUUUUUAGUCUU